ACGUCCCCGGCACAAGGGUCCUCAGACUCCUAAAGAUUGACGGCAGACCGCAAGGAUGGCGGCAGGGCAGGGCGGGUGGCUCCGGCCCGCGCUGGGGCUGCGCUUGCUGCUGGCGACUGCGUUUCAAGCGGUGUCUGCUCUCGGGGCAGAGUUCUCGUCAGAGGCAUGCCGGGAGUUGGGCUUCUCCAGCAACUUGCUCUGCAGCUCCUGCGAUCUCCUUGGACAGUUUAACCUGCUUCCACUGGAUCCUGUCUGCAGAGGCUGCUGUCAGGAAGAAGCGCAGUUUGAAACCAAAAAGCUGUAUGCAGGAGCCAUCCUUGAAGUCUGUGGAUGAAAAUUGGGGAGGUUCCCUCAAGUCCAAGCUUUUGUCAGAAGCGAUAAACCCAAACUGUUCAGAGGUCUACAGAUCAAGUAUGUUCGAGGCUCAGACCCUGUACUAAAGCUUUUGGACGACAACGGGAACAUUGCUGAAGAGCUGAGCAUCCUCAAGUGGAACACAGACAGUGUGGAAGAGUUCCUGAGCGAGAAGCUGGAACGCAUAUAAGCCGUGCUCAGUGGUCCGUCUGUCACUUACCACAUGAGCUGUCACUGCUCCUAGGAAACCCCUUGGCUUUGCUCACAGUGGUCUCUGUUUUACGUGCACCAUCACUUAGUUCUGCAUGCUUACAGUGGUCAUCGUUUAUGUGCGGCAUCAGUCUUCUGAUUCGAAGCUGAAGUAGCCCCACAGCCCAUAAUGUGUAAGGAUCUGGCAAGGUUAACAAACCCAACUCUUAGGAAUCUCUCUUCUUCUGUACUUGCUGAUAUCACCAGUGAAAUGCUUUGUAAAGAGGCAUCUGGUUAAUUAUGCUAAUAAUAGUUGGUGAUAAUUGGUCCAGUUUUACAAACAACAGAAUUUAAAUGGAGGAGUUAAUAAAGGAGGUGCCUCCCUUGCUGUGUGCUCUUUGAAAGUAAGUGACAGAAAACUGCAAACCAGCGCGCCCGCCCCAGAGCCUGGAGCUCCUGUAGUGCCCAGCUUUCUUUUUAGCAGAAGUAUUUGUAGUUUGUAAUGAAUGUGCCACAUACAAUUUUUGUAGCCUUAUUAUUACAAAACAGACUGAAGAUCUACAGUAAGAAUGUAAUACUUAUAAAGGUUUGCAUUAAUGAGGAUUACACAGAAAACCUUUGUUAAGGGUUUGUGUCGAUCUGAUAAUUGGCAAAUUUUUAUUUUUAAAAUAUUCUUACAGAAGAGUUCCAUUUAAGAAUGUUCAUGUAUAGGACCAAAAUAUAAAUAAAAACUUUCAAACAUGUUUGAUUUUAAAUUA